AUGGAAAAGUGCGAUAUCAAAGGUUUUAAGCAAUUUCCUCUAAGUUUAAUUUUGGAAGAAUUAGAAAAAGCCUCAAGAAAUUUUCAAAAGUAUAGUGAUUGCCUUUACAAAGUAAAAGAUAUAAUAUCCAGCAAAUUUGAACAAAUAAAAGCUAAUAUCCAAAAUAAAACAAAUCCUGAAAAGAAAAGAAUUGUUGAUGAAAUAUCUUCUAUUUUAGAUUUUUUGCCAAAAGAAUAUGAAGCUUCAGCUAAGAACUUAAUUAAAGAAAUAGUGAAAAGUUAUAAAGAAAAUAAAAAAGAUACAAGAGGAAGAAUCGAUGCUCUUGCGAGCAAUCAAGAAAUAAGCGAUAUAUGCAAAAUGAUUAAUUCUUUAAAAAAGGAUGGCUCCAAUUCAGAUUAUGCAUAUGCGAAAAAUAAAUUGAGGGAUGCUUUAUAUUUAAUUAAAGGAGAAAUUAAUUUAGCAAUGCAUAGGAAAGAUUUAGAUAUUGUUUUUAAUAAAGCAAGGGUUUUGAAGCUUAAAGAAAAUUUAGAUUCAGUAUUGAAAGAAAGCGAUGGAAUACUUACAGAAAUUUAUGAUAGUAUCACUAAGUUAAUAAAAAAGGCUUUAAAUAUUCUUCUGAAUAUUGAGCAUAAGGAAGAUAGUGCUGAGAUUAUAGAAGCAUUCAAAAUUUAUUCUAUUACAAUGGAUUUUAAAAUUGAUUGUGAGAAAGAAAAUAUGUUGUCUAACAUGUUUGGAAUUAAUAACACUAUCGAAAGCAUGCAAGCUAGCAUUAUAGCCUUUUACGAGAAACUUGACAAUAGUUAUAUGGAAUAUAAACCUCCAAAAAACACUAUCAAGUGCAGCACAAUAUUAAAUAAAAUCAAACAAUGGGAUGAUUUUUUACAAAUUUUUAAAGAAUAUCAAAAUCAUCAUCCCAGGUUUGACAUUUUAAAAAUUAGAGGAAUCCGCCGAUAUGCAGAUUUUGCUGAUGAUUUAAAUCAAACUCUUUAUGAUUUUUAUGAUUAUAUCUUAAAUUUUAGGAUUCAAAAUGAUGAAAUUAAGCACCCAAAACUUUUAGAGGACCGUAUUAAUAAUAUCAAAGAAAAAUGAGACCAAAUAAAAAGUUUUGAGGGAGUAAAAAUCCAUUUAAAUUCAAAUAUUGUUAAUCUUAAAGAAAUACAAUCUGAUGUAAUCAAAUCCAUUUCAGAUGAAAUGUAUAGGAUUGUCGAAGACGCUUCAAAUUUGAUAAAGAAAGAUGAUAUCAGGAAAGAAGAUUUUAAUCAAAUUCAGAUUUAUUAUAAUUGUUUGACUCAUUUCGAGGCAAAUUUAAGUAUUAAAGGUUUUGCUUUCAAUAAUACACUCAGAAUGAUAGAAGACAAAAUUUAUGAAAAAACAUUAGAAUUAAAGGAAAAAGCUGAAAAAGGAGAGGGAGCAAGCGAAAUUGUUGAGUCUAUGAUAGGCAUGAAAAAUAUUUCAAAUAAUUUUUCUUUAUUAAAGAAAAGAUUAGAUUCAAUUUUGGAUGAAUUUUUAGAGACAUUUAGGAAAAAGAACAAAACAAUAGCAGUCGCAAUCUUAGAAGAGCUAGAAAAGCACCCUAGUGGACUAGGACUCUGCAUUAUCACAGAACAUAAAUUCUUUGAAGGGGUUAUGCAAAGAUUGUGGCUGAAAAAAACUCAAGAACAUGGAAUCGACUAUGCCUUGGAGCAUAUCCAAGGCUCAAAUUUGAAUAUUGAAGAGCUAAACAAUAACUAUUUGGCCUACAUUGAAAAAUUAGGUGAAAUCCAAAAAAUUUAUUUAAGACUGACUAGCAAUGAAGGAGUGAAUACUGCGAUAGCUCAAAUAGUUAGCGAAAUCCAGGUUCUAUCUAAAAAAUACACGAAAGAUUGUCGAAAUCCAAAUAUUAGUCUAAUAAAAACAUAUAUUCCAGAGCUUUUAGCGUAUAUUGCAUGGCUAUGGGUACUUUUGAAUAUUAAAAAAUACAACCAAGAUGUGAAUGAUGAAGAUAGUCAAAUUGCAUUCGUAACUCCUCACGCUAUACAAGUUCUAUCAAUAUUUCGUAUGCUUGGGAUUGGCUAUAAUGAGAAUACAAAUCCUGGAAAUAAUCUUGUGCAAAUUUUAACUGGAGAAGGAAAGUCAAUUACAUUGGCAUUCUUAUCAUCUAUUCUUGCUUUAUUGGGGUUUGAUAUAAAUUGUGCUUGCUAUAGUGAACAUCUAAGUAAAAGAGACUCUCAAGAUUUUCAGCCUUUAUACACAGCUUUAAGUAUUUGCUCUUAUAUAAAGUAUGGAACUUUUAAUCAACUUUGUGAAGAUGAAAUCAAUUCUAAAGGAGAUAUUAGAGAGAUAGUUUUAGAUUUUAUUAGAUUUGGAAGGAUUCCUAAAAUUAGCUAUAGAGAUAAUGAAAGACCUAAAAUUCUCCUAAUAGAUGAAGUCGAUGUAUUUUUCACUAAAUCAUUUUAUGGAAAUAUUUAUAGGCCCCUCGCAAAGCUUAAAGAUCCAACAAUUAGCAAUUUAACAGAUUACAUAUGAAAAUAUAUACAAUAUGGCAGUAGUAAGUUUAUUUCAAUCUUUUCUCCUUUUUAAAGUUUUUUUGAUAUUUCACAUGCUUGGUCUCUUUUAUGAAGUAUAGAAAAACGCCUAAGCUUUUUGAGUGAUUGGAUUCAAAUGAGUAUAAUCAGUGCUGCCAAAAAUUUCCAGGCUUUGAAUUUCUUAUAGAAGAAGCUGUUAAAGAUAUGAUAACUCAUGUGCGUCAAUUUGAGUCUCAUGGUUAUAUAGUCAAAAAUGAUAAAAUUUGCUACAAAGAGAAUGAUGGGAUUUUAUCUAAUAUUGUUUAUGGGUAUAGCACAUUGUUUGCUUAUUAUUUGGAGAAUGAAAAAGGAAAUAUUAGUCAAGAUAGCUUAAAAGAAAAUAUUUUCAUUGGAAUUAAAUGUGGAAUGUUCUCAUUUGCAGAAAUACCUCAUAAAUAUAAAUAUAUUAUGGGAGUCACUGGAACUUUAGAAGAUUUAGGGGAUUAUGAAAAAAAUAUUAUAGAGAAUGAAUAUAGAAUAAAAUUAAAAACGCUAAUGCCAUCAGUAUUUGGGGAAAGCAAUAGAAAAUUUUGUACCAAUGAGGAUAUUUAUGUGGAAAACAAGGACAAUUACUAUAAUAAGAUACUAGAACAAAUAAAUAUUCGAAUAGAAGGCAAAAAGCCACCUUGCAAAAGAGCUGUAUUGGUAUUUUUUGAAGAAGAAGCAAAAUUAAUACAUUUCUAUAAUAAUUCGAACCUAAAGAACACUGACUAUGAUAUACAGUUGAUGACAGAGAGUUUAUCGGUAGAAGAUAGAGGUAUGAUGAUUAAAAAAGCCACAGUUCCAAAUACUGUGUCAUUAUUGACAAGAGCUUAUGGCAGAGGAAUUGAUUUUAAAUGAUCAAUGCUUAGUAUAAUGGCAUAAUGGGAUCUCUAAUUCCACUGGAUAAAAGUUCUAUAAUUAGCUUUAUAAUGGCGCUUUUGUUCCUUAACAUAAAAUGAGAUCAUAAACACUCAAUAAAGAUAUCCAGAAAUUUAUAUUAUUAAGUAAAAUUAAAUUUUAAAUGUUACAAUCAUGAAGUUGAGACCAAUGGAGGAGUUCAUGUAAUCCAAGUAUUUUUAUCAGAAAAUGUAUCAGAAGAAACUCAAAUUAAGGGUAGAUCUGCAAGGCAAGGGCAGGAAGGAUCGUAUAGUAUGAUACUUUUAGAUGAUGACCUAGAAAAAUUCCAAAUCAUGAAAGAAGACAUUGAAGAAAUGAAAAAAAAUAAAACAGGAAUUUAUGAAUCUUUGAAUAGCAAAAGAAAUAAUUUUAAUCAAAUCAAGAAUGCCAAUGAAUCAAACCAUGUGAAGCAAUCAAAAAGUUUUCAUGAUGAGACAACAAAGUUUUUGAUAUGAAUCGAGUGUAUCUGUUUGCAUUUAAUUUAAUUUCAGUGAUUAUUUAUAUUUGAUUUUAAUCAAUAUUUUCUCAUGAAUAAACUAAUCUUAAGAAGUAUGUAUACCAUUUACCGCUAAGUAAGUUUAUAACUGCAUUAUCAUAUAAAGUUCGAUAUAUGAAGUAAUAUUUUAUGAAUAUUUUAUUUUUUUUGAUUAGGGUAUAGGAAUUUCAAAGGAUCUAAAGCAUUUUUACAAGAACUGAAUAAAGGUCCCAGUAUCAAUUUAGGGAUAUCCAAAGCAAUUGUUUUAAUGGAUGCAACUGGAUCUAUGUCUCAUUUAUUGCAAAAUGCCAAAAAUACAGUGAAAAUUAUGUUCUGACGCAUGUGCGCAGUGCUUUCAAAUACAGGAAUAAACCCUAGCUCCUCCAUCCAUGAGAUAUAAUAAUAAAUAUUUUUUGUUUUAAAUAUUAAAUAAUAUUUUGAUAUUUAAUCAAUUACACUCUCUUAAUUGAAUUUUGGGAGUCUUGAUGAGGAGAAAUACUCCACAUAUCCGAAAAUUUUCACAUGUAGAGAUUGGCUCCAUACAUGAUAUCAUUUUAAUUAAUGAUUGAUAAAUAGUAUAAAUCCCCCCUUUAAUAUUGGUAAACUUUCAUUUUUUAUAAACCGGAAGAAAAUUGAUUUUUGCAAGGAAAAUUUUAUAACUCCCCCCUCCGUGAGUGAACAAAAACCAUUAGAAAAAUCCUUAUUUUUUGCCCAAAACCAUGAGAGAACAAAAAAUUUUUAAUAGAAAAUUUUUUUAUAAAAAAAAAAAAAUUGAUAAUAAGUGAUAAUUAGUAUAAUGAAAUCUAUAACUAAUUCUGUUUAAUUUUAAGAAUUUGCGUUUUAAAACAUAAAUUUUAUAAAUUAAAUUAAUAUUUGCUUUCCAAUUUUUGUGAAUUAGGAUUUUUUUAAAUUUCAAAAAAAAAUUUUUUCUACAUAAAUUUUUUUAAAAAAAAAAUUAACUCUCAGUGAGUGAAUAAGAUUUUUAUGUUCACUCACGGAAGGGGGAGUAAGUAAAAUCUCUAAUUUUUAAAAAAUAGUUUUAGCUUAAUUUAAUAAAGAGAGUUUUAAGUAUGGAUUUUUAUAUAAAAAGCUCCAUUAGGCAACGAAUUGUCACUUAGGUAGCAUUUGGUCGUCCGAUCAACUUACUUUUGGACGAAGGUGAAUUUUACUUUAAUUUAUAUUUUACUAAUUUUUAAAAAAUUUUUAUAUUAUGAAAAAUUCUUUUUAAAAGAAAUUAGCCCCUUUCAAUUAAAGGGGUGGAGUAAGGAAUUUUCUUACAAAAUGAUAUAUAAAUUGAAAUUCUUAAAUUAAAACUUAUUUAACAAAUGAAAUAAUAGAAAAUUUUGUUUGCUUGGGAGGAGUGAGUGCUUCCAAUUGCAGUAUUGUGUGUAUAGAAAUUAUAGUUCUACUGAAGAUAAAAUCCUCCAAGUUUCACCAUGAACAAAUAAUCCAGAUAUUCUUGAAAGGUUUAUGGCAAAUGUACAACCAGAAGGAGGUUGGGGAAACGAAGCAAUAGAGGUUGGAUUAUGGCACGUAAAUAACGUUUUAAAAAAUGAUACAAUUUCACAAGUUAUUUUAAUCGGUGAUAUGCCUCCAAAUACAGUUGAUGAUAUUCAGGAAAAACGAGGCAAAUAUAUUUCGUAUUGAAAUCAAUCUAAAUUUAGAGCUGUUGAACACUAUAAGCAGGAGUUGGCAACAAUCAUAGAUAAGAAAGUCCCAAUAAAUGCAUUUUAUGUAAAAACGUACGCUAAAGAAGCUUUUGAAGAAAUUGCAGCUUUAACAAAAGGACAAAGUGGAUUUCUUGAUAUUAAUUCAAUUUCAGGGGCUGAUAGACUAACUGAUUUGGUUUCUACUGACUCUUUCAACAAUAAGUAAAAUGUUUUCUCAUUAUUGGGAGUUUUAGCACGAAAGCUACAAGUAGUAAAUUUUGCUUAUUAUGGGGGAGUGAGAUUUUAAGGAAAGUAGCUGGAGAAGAAGCAGUCAAUCUCUAUAAAGAAAUGUACCCACCUUCAUAUAUAAGACUUUUGCAUGAAUACUCUAAUAAGCAAUUAAUAAUUUAAAUGAAAAAUUAUAUGUGAAAAAUAUUAUACUUAA